AUGGCCAGCUCGGGACGGAUUUCAGCCAAGGAGUGGGAAAGGGGUUCGGAUUGGGAAGUAGGCCCCGUGUCGACGCGGCUGGAGAUACACGUCGUCGCUGGGCUGGGCUGGGCUGGGCUGGGCUGUGCGGUGGGUCGGGAGGAAGGGAAGGAAGUCCAUACGAGCUAUUUUCAUGCAUCAUCAACAUUUCCGCAGCGAUGUCUGUUCUGUUCAUCUAGGAAACGACGCCAUAAACGACCGACAUCGAAACAGAGUCGAAAGAGGAACCAUCCAAAUCCGGUACGGCAGACCCCAAGUACUAUACUCCCACCACAGAUCCUCGUCAAGCGCGUCGAAUGCAGAGCUCGCGACGCCGCUUCGAGCUUUCGAUUAGGAAUAUCGCCGGAUGAGGAGUACACUGCGGAUGAAUGGUAA